CACUACCCCAACGAAGAAGGACGACAACCACAACUGCCACGAUGAGCUCCACACAGCAACACCAGCAGCAGUGGCUGGAGUACAGCACGCCUGAAGGGCGGACGUACUACUACAACACCGCGACAAAGCAGUCUGUCUGGGACAAGCCUGCCGAGCUGCAGCGGCAACAGCAGCCUGCUGCAGCACCACAGGUCACCGCGCCUCAGCGGCAAGUACAACAGGAGCCACAACAAGCACAGAAGAAGCCAUUCAUGGCCUUCUCAGCUGGGCUGUCGGGAUCAAGCAGCGCAACAGCAACCAAGAACAACACAGUAACAUCUGCUGGUACCAAGCCACGCUUCAACCCACUCGCUGACGAAGACGACGGAGAUGAAGAGGGAAGCGGCGCCAAAGAGCAGCCACGGAAGCGGGCGUUCCUGCUGCAGCAGGCUGCACGCCAAGCGACCGCUGCAAGCGUGUUCAGCACCGACGACGAUGAUGCCGGUGGCGAAGACGAGGAUGAAGAUGAGGAUGAGGUGGACCCGCUGGACGCAUUUAUGGCGGGCAUCGACGAUCAAGUGGAGAAGGAAAAGCUCACGGCUGGGCAGGAAAAGAAGAAGCCGCGGCGUGACGACAUUGAGGACUUGGACGAGCACGAACAGCUCUUCAAACAUCUGGAGGAGAAGAAGGCGGAACGCGCCGAUGAGGUCGUCGAAGAGGUGGAGUAUGACGAGGACGGAAGGGUCAUCCGGAAACGCACCUUUAAGAAGGACAAGGAUCCCCUGGGCGAGAUUAACCAUGACGAAAUCAACUAUCCUCCCUUCAACAGAUGUUUCUACACCGAACACGAGGACGUCUCCAAACUCAACAGCGCGGAGGUGCGGGAGUUGCGACGUCAGCUCGGCGUUGAGGCAACAGGGAGUGGCGUUCCAAAGCCGUGCGUCAGCUUUGCGUAUUUCGGCUUCGACGAUGUCAUGAUGCAACUCAUCCAGCGACAGGGAUUCGCACAGCCAACCCCAAUCCAGGCCCAGGCCGUGCCCACGGUGAUGAGCGGGCGCGAUGUGAUUGGAAUUGCGGAGACAGGAUCCGGUAAGACCGCCGCCUUUGUCUGGCCAAUGAUCAAGCACAUCCUCGACCAGCCAGACCUCAAGCGCGGUGACGGCCCAAUUGCCGUCCUGCUUGCACCGACACGAGAGCUGUGCAUGCAGAUCAGCCAGAACACACGUCGCUAUGCAAAGCACUACAACAUUCGCGUUGCAACCGUCUACGGUGGCGGGAGCCGAUACGAGCAAGUGAAGACGUUGAAGGACGGGUGCGAAGUUGUAGUAGCGACACCAGGUCGUCUGAUCGAUCUCAUCAAGGACAAGGCAACGAACCUGCGGCGGGUGACGUAUCUUGUGUUAGAUGAGGCAGAUAGGAUGUUUGACAUGGGGUUCAGUCUCCAAGUCAACAGCAUCAUCAACCACACGCGGCCUGAUCGACAAACGCUCCUCUUCACCGCGACGUUCAAGAAGAAGGUGGAGAAAUUGGCCCGCCAGGCGUUGCGGAAUCCUGUUCGCAUCGUCGUCGGCACUGUCGGAAAGGCGAACACGGACAUUGAGCAGCGAGUCGAGAUUAUGCAGGACACCGCCUCCAAGUGGGGCUGGCUCAAGGCACACCUGGUUGAGAUGCAGUCAGCUGGUAACGUGCUGGUGUUUGUCAACAAGAAGGCGGAUGCAGAGACACUUCACGAGAGCAUGGUUGCUGCCGGGUUUCAAGCUGUUGUUAUCCACGGUGACAUUGACCAGAUCACGCGACAGGAAGUUCUGUCAAAGUUCAAGAAGCAGACAGUGCGCAUCCUCGUCGCCACAGACGUCGCAGCGCGCGGGCUGGACAUUCCAUCUGUGCGCAACGUGGUCAACUUUGAUGCUGCGAUGAGCAUCGACACACACACGCACCGCAUCGGCCGUACAGGCCGCGCGGGCGUGAAGGGCACAGCGUGGACGCUGCUGCUGCCCACAGAGACGUCGUUUGCCGCACAGCUGGUGGAGAGUCUUGAGGCCGCCAGCCAACGCGUCUCAGACGCGCUCCUGCACAUGGCCGAACAGGACCCGAGGUUUCGCCAGCGCCGCCACCGCGGUGAACACACGUACGGGCGCGGACGCGGGCGAGGGCGAGGAAGGGGAGCAGGAUUCGCACCACCCCACAUGAUGGGGCCUGGGCCACAGCGACACGACACAUACCAGCACUACCAACAGCAACCACAGCAAUACCACCACCAGCAACAGCAGCAACCACAACAGCACUACCAACAACCACAGCAGUACCAGCAACAACCGCAACAGUACCAGCACUCCCAACAACCACAACAGUACCAGCAACAACCGCAACAGUACCAGCCACAGCAUUACCACCAACAACAGCCACAACAGCAACCACAACAGCCACAACAGCAGUAUCAUCAGCACCAGCAGCCGCCGCCGGGUGGCCGGGGUCGGGGUGCGCCGGCACCGCAGUCGAAACCGCGACGCAGCCGACCUGGCCUUGGCUUUGACACGCGCCAGCAGCCAUCGUCGUCAUCAUCAUCAUGGACACAGCAACAGCAGCCACAACAACAACAGCCACAACAGCCACAGCAGCAGGCGUCAUCGUCCAAAGCAGCGGCGAAGCAAAAGUUCAUGUCCGCGUUCACGAAGGCGCAGUGACGCGAUGAUGCUCAGCCACGUGCACCAGGCUGCUUGCAGAUUCGCAGUUGUUUACAGUUGUACUCACCAACACACACACACAUACACAAGAAGAGUGAACAAACGAAAGGACG